AUGGUCCUCUUCAAGUCCCCGAAUGUCACGGCACCUACAAAGAUUGACUCUGGUCGUGCCUCUCGUCUUUUGAAGGUCUUCAGGGAUGUCACCAAAGGAGGGAAAGCAAUUGCCACGGCCGGUGACGCCCGGCUGUUCCUCGAAGCUAUCCGAGCGAACACCUCUCCUGCUGCCUGUCUGGAAAUCAUCACAGCCAGCGAUGUUGCACGCAAGGCCAUUAGAAAUAGCAUUCGCAUCGACUCGUCGAUCUCGUUCGUACGCACACAUGUCAUUCCGUUCAUUGCCUAUUUAAGCGACCCGGAGGUGAAGAUGGUGUACAGUGGCCAGCUCCUUCAUCAAGUUCUGCUCAUCAUCGCCCACCCGCCAGUCCUCUGGGAAAGCCUCUUGAAUGCUUUCCGAGAGUCUCAGCUCACCGAAGACGAGCUUCAUGUCUUUGCGUGGCUCUGCUUCGAGCUUACUAGUCUUCCUGAUAGCCUUCCUGAUAGUGGGCUCAACAGCAUUGUCGAGGAUAUAUCGGAUGCUCUGGAGCAGAAACCAUUUCAGGCGGCCCAACACCAUGGGACUCGCGAGCUCACGUACAGAAUCAAAAAGGUACUUGCUCUCAGAUCUUCUUCAUCUCACGAGAAGGACGUUGGCACGGCCGGUGGCCGCCACGACAACGACUUUUCGAAUUUUCGAGAAAUUUCAAUCUUCCCAACAAGUGAUGAAUUCUUCUCCAACGCCACACCAUUCUAUCGAACAGCUGCCGAGGUCGCUGCCACGGAUCUUGUUCAGCGACCACGAGUUCAUCUGGAUAAUCAGUUUCGUCUCCUCCGUGAAGACAUGCUCGGCGAACUCCGCGAGGAUUUGAAAGUCGCCAUUGGCAAUAAGAAGAGCAAGAAGAGGGCACAGAUACUUGCUGGCUUGUCGCCCUUGGGGAUUGACACGGGCGAUAAGAAGCGAGGCCGUUCCUGUGCAGUUCUACUUACUUGCUCCAAGGGGCUAGAGUUCAUGAAAAAGCUCCAGUCAAUCAAAAGGAGGACCUUCCUAGACGGCAACAAGAACGUCCUUCGACACCAGUCUUUCGGUGCAUUGUGUGGUGAAAAUCACAUCGUAGCAUUUGCGUUCCUGCUACGGGACCUAGAUCAGCUGACCAAGGAGCCCCCCAUCAUUACGCUGCAGUUCACCAGCAGCGAAGCUACUGCCAGAGCCUUACAGGAACUCAAGCCGUCAAACAAUCUGAGGUUCAUCCUUGUAGAUACUCCGGUGUUUGCAUAUCAGCCUGUUCUGGAGCGCCUUCGGGAAAUCUCAGAAAUGCCACUCGGAGAAAGCCUUCUACGGCUUCAUAACGAUGAGACAAGUCGCCCACCAGGUUCACUACAGCAAUCUCCUCAUAUUCAGGCAUAUGUGCGGCAACUAGAGGGGCUCUUGGCCGCCGAAACGUUUGUUUUUACUAUAGACACUGAGACCUUCCAUCUCGACCGGUCUCAGAUUGAAUCGCUGUUGCAUGUAUUGAAGAACCCUGUGGCGCUUAUUCAAGGGCCUCCUGGAACUGGCAAAUCGUUUGUCGGCGCACUGGCAGCCAAGAUACUGCUGACAGACCCUGACAAACGAAUACUGGUGCUAAGCUUUACCAACCAUGCACUAGAUCAGUUCCUCGAGGACCUGAUGAAGAUUGGAAUCUCGUCUGAUGACAUGGUACGCUUGGGAUCCAAAUCGACCGAAGCAACUUCGAUGCUGUCUCUAGAUAAGCAGUUGAGAAACAAUAUCUACCAUCGAAAUACUGCAAGGUGGCAACACAUCAACGGCAUGAAAGCAGAGAUUGAUGAAGAUCGGGAUGGGAUUGAGAAGGCAUUCGACCUCCUUGUCCGGGAUAAGGUUGGCACUUUGGAGCUUUUGAGCUUUCUUGAAUUCUCCGACGACGACGAUCGGGCAUUCUAUGAAGAUUUUCUCUUGCCCGAACAAGAGAACGGGUUCCAACUUGCAAGCAAAAACAAGAAGGUCAUGGGGCCCGACUAUCUACUGGGCCAGUGGAUAAUGGAACCAGAUGCCGGUGAACUCCGGCACCUCAUCUCGCCUGCAAGCCAGCAUGUUUGGAACUUAUCAAAGGCUCAGAGAUCUGAACAUGUCCGACGAUGGGUUGAGUGUAUUCGAAAAGAACGGAUCGAAGCAUUUCAGCACUUAAUCAGGAGGUUCAAUGACGCUCAACGACAAGUGGACACGAUGUUCAAUGAAUCUAAGUGUUCCUUCAUGCAAACCAAGAAACUCAUUGGAUGCACAACAACUGCAGCUGCAAUGUACAAGUCACUGAUUAAGGCUGCCAAGCCCGAUGUCGUUCUGGUGGAAGAGGCUGGAGAGAUCCUCGAGGCUCAUGUUUUGACUGCUUUACACAGCGAGACGAACCAGGUCAUCUUAAUCGGGGACCACAAACAGCUGCGGCCCAAAACCAACAACUAUGCGCUGAGUGUCGAAAAAGGAGACGGCUUCGAUCUCAACCGUUCGCUCUUUGAGCGACUGAUUCUCCAGGGGCACGAACAUGUCACGCUUCAGAAGCAACAUCGAAUGCAUCCCGAAAUCUCGGAUCUUGUCCGCCAGAUGACGUACCCGGAUCUGUUGGACGAUGACAAGACCAAGGCUCGGAAAUCGCCCAAGGGAUUUCAAGGGAGAGUCAGCUUCGUUAACCACAGCCAUCCAGAGGAUCUGGCCGGUGAUAUUGCCGAUCGCCGCGAUGUUGGUGUGGUCUCAAGCAAGAGUAAUCUCUAUGAAGCGCGAAUGGUUCUCAAGCUGGUCAAAUACCUGGGGCAGCAAGGUUAUGGCACGGAAAAUCUCGUCAUACUCACGCCAUAUCUGGGGCAACUACGUUUGCUCAGAGACAUGUUGAGUUCCGAGAAUGAUCCAUGGCUCAAUGACUUGGACUCAUUUGAGCUUAUUCGCGCAGGACUUAUGACAGCAGCAGCUGGGAAAGUGCCGACCGCAUCAGGAUCAGGAAGAAUCAAGCUUUCCACCAUCGAUAACUACCAGGGUGAAGAGAGUGACAUCGUCAUCGCUUCCUUGACUCGGAGCAACAACAAUGGAGAUAUUGGAUUCAUGAAGGCGCCUGAGCGGCUGAAUGUUUUAUGUUCUCGUGCGAGAGAAUGUCUCAUUCUCAUAGGCAACAUGGAGACAUUCAUGGCAUCUACCCACGGCAAAGCAGUCUGGCUGCCCUUCUUCAGCUUAUUGAAAGAGAAGAACUAUCUACACGAUGGUUUCGCCAUUCGCUGCCAACAGCACCCUGGCAGAACUGAAUUGCUUACGGAACCAGAGGAUUUUGAUUCAAAAUGCCCCGACGGGGGCUGCGCUGAGGCUUGGCUCAGUGAUCACAGCAAGGUCCUCUGCCACGAGAAACUCGCAAAGCACUGCGGCAGAGGACACAAAUACCGCGUUUUCUGCAACAGCCAAAAUCGGAAUUGCACUGCAUGUUUCAAAGAGGACGAGGAUACUCGAAGGCGGCUGAAGCGAGACUUGGAAAUGGAAACGGAACGUGAUCUUGCCCAAAAGAAAUACGCCCAAGACCUGCAAAAGGUAGAUGAUGACUUGGAUCGCGAAAAGAGACUGAUCAAGAAUGCACAAGAGGACGAGAAGCAGAAAGAGACGCUGAGAGAACACACGGAGGAGCUGGAAGCUCUCCGACAGACGAGAGUUCGUGCUGAGGCGAUGAAAGCCGCCAGAGAAGCCCCAAAGAUUGUACCAGGUGCUUUUCCGACGGAAAGAAAAUCUUCGUCGGAGCCAGAUCCCGCAAUUGGAAGCGCACAUGAAGAGUGGCUAAAUCUGAAGUCACAAUUUGGAGCCAGAAGCAGUGCCAUGGACCAGCUCAUGGGAAUGAUUGGUCUCGAGAGUAUCAAGGAGAAGUUUCUCUCCAUCAAAUCCAAAGUCGACACGGCAGUGAGACAACAGAUUUCACUGUCGACUGAGAGGUUUGGCUGCUCUCUUUUGGGAAACCCCGGAACAGGCAAGGCUCCCGCACCUUUUCAGAUUUGUUUCAUUCAGCUGCUGAUGAAAAUAUCACAGCUGGCAUCGCUUGGCGUGUCCGGCUGUCAGAAGCUGUUGGAUGACGUCCUGAACGACGGUGGCGGAGUCAUUUUCAUUGACGAGGCCUAUCAGCUUUCUUCAGGUAAUAGUCCUGGUGGCCGUGCAGUACUGGAUCUCCUGCUCGCGGAGGUAGAGAACCACACAGGCAAGAUUGUCUUCGUUCUCGCUGGCUACAGCAAGCAGAUGGAAUCCUUCUUCGCGCACAACCCUGGAUUCCCGAGUCGAUUCCCGAUCGGGAUGAAGUUUGAUGACUACAACGAUGACGAACUUCUAAAGAUUCUCCAGUUCCAGAUGGAGAAGAAGUACGGAGGCCGUAUGAAGUGGGAAGACGACCUUCACCUUCGGGUCGCGUGUCGUAGACUUGGCCGAGGGCGCGGAAAGGAGGGGUUCGGUAAUGCGCGAGAGAUUGAGAAUCUCCUUGCCAAUGUUACCAGCCGGCAGGUCAAUCGAAUUCGAAAAGUUCGCCGAGGGGGCGCAAACCCAGAUGAUCUCCUGUUCGUAAAGGAGGAUCUGAUUGGACCCGAGCCUUCAGCUGCCCUCGACCACAGUCAAGCUUGGAUGAAAUUACAGAACUUGAUCGGCCUCGACUCAGUCAAAGACUCAGUCCGAGCCUUGAUCGAUAGCAUCCAGACAAACUACGUUCGUGAGCUGGCGGAGGAACCCAUCAUCGAGUAUACGCUCAACAAAGUCUUCCUUGGAUCACCGGGAACGGGGAAGACCACCGUCGCUAAGCUGUACGCCCAGAUUCUGGUCGAUUUGGGUCUGCUAUCAAAUGGAGAGGACUUCGUAGGUGCUGUAUUGGGAGGCUCAGAGGCCCAGACUAAGGGCAUCCUAGCGUCAACUGUCGGGAAGGUUCUCGUCAUUGAUGAGGCUUACGGAUUAUAUGGCGGCAGCGGCUCUUCUGGGGGCGGUUCUGACCCUUAUAAGACUGCUGCCGUAGAUACCAUUGUUGCCGAGGUGCAGAGUGUUCCAGGUGAAGAUCGAUGCAUUUUGCUUUUGGGCUACAAGGACCAGAUGGAGGAGAUGUUCCAAAAUGUCAACCCAGGCUUCAGUCGACGGUUCCCGUUGUCGUCUGCUUUCGUCUUUGAAGAUUUCAAUCAAGCCGAGAUGCGGGAGAUCUUAGACCUCAAACUCAAACAACAGGGAUUCUCUGCGACCGACCAGGCCAAGCAAGUCGCUACGGAGAUGCUUGCACGGGCCCGCAACCGACCCAAUUUUGGCAACGCGGGAGAAGUGGACAUUCUCCUGAACGACGCAAAGGCACGCCAUCAGCGACGACUGACUUCUAAGGAAAGCGAUCAGGUCUCUACGCUCGAAGCUCUAGACUUUGACCAAGACUUUGAUCGUGCGGAGCGAGCCGAGACCAAUGUUUCCAAGCUUUUCGAGAGCACCGUCGGUUGUGAAAAGAUUGUCGCUACACUCGAGGGUUAUCAGAAAACUGUGCGCUGCAUGAAGGCCCUGGACAUGGACCCAAAGGAAAGUAUUCCCUUCAACUUCCUCUUCCGUGGUCCUCCAGGCACGGGCAAGACUUCAACCGCGAAAAAGAUGGGCAAAGUGUUCUACGACAUGGGGUUUUUGGCCAAAGCUGAAGUCAUUGACUGCUCCGCAUCCGAUCUCAUUGGCCAAUACGUCGGCCAGACCGGCCCUAAAGUGCAACAACUUCUGGAUAAGGCUCUUGGAAAAGUGCUGUUCAUUGACGAAGCGUAUCGUCUUGCGGAAGGGCACUUUGCCAAUGAGGCAGUUGAUGAAAUUGUCGAUUCCGUGACGAAGGACAAGUACAAAAAUCGACUUGUGAUAGUCCUGGCUGGCUAUGACGAAGACAUCAAUCGGCUACUCUCAGUCAAUCCGGGCAUGUCAAGUCGCUUCCCUGAAGUCAUUGACUUUCACAGUCUUGGCCCAGAGAGUUGCUACGAUCUUUUGCUCCAGCUUUUACUCAAGAAAAAGAAGAUGAUUCAGGGUAAGAAGGCAUCUAACAGUUUUGCGCUGGAAUGCCUGUCGAGUCCAUCGUCAGACUUCAAGCAGGGAAUAACUAGCAUGUUUUCCGAGCUCAGGACAACAGCCGGUUGGGCUAGCGCUCGGGAUGUUGAGAGCCUUGCAAAGUCGAUUUUCAGCACCGCAGUCAAUUCCAGCCAAAGCGGUCAAAUUAGGGUCACAGAAGAUCUCGUGAAGGAGCAAUUUGACAAGAUGCUUGGUGAGCGCGAAAGCCGAACCAAGAAAGCUGGAACGAUUGGUGGAAUGCCCCAACUAAAGCCGCGGGCUCAGCAGAUGAGAUCUCCUCUUCAACCACCAAACAUGCAAAUCACGGCGCAAACUGCCGUAGGAACUAGAGAAGACGAAACGAAUCUCGUCCCUCCUGAGAGUCCGGUGGCAGAUGUCGAUGACGGGAAGCGCAAAGCGACACGUGAUGCUGGUGUCAGUGAUGAGGUCUGGGAGCAGUUGGAGAAGGACAAGAAGAUCCAGGAAGAAAAAGACGCCAAGUACCAAAAGAUGCUCGAGAAAAAGCGCAAAGCGAUUGGUGCCGCUAGGGAAGCUAUUCUCAAAGAGCUGAUCGAGGAGGAAGAACGACGGAAGAAAGAAGAGGAGCAGCGUAAGAAGGCUGCGAUGAUGGGACGAUGUCCCAUGAAUUUCACUUGGAUCAAGCAAAUCGCCGGUUUCCGGUGUGCGGGAGGUUCACAUUUCAUUUCUGAUGAGGAGAUUGUACAUUCUUGA